AAAUGUCUGAAAGUAGUUCCGAGUACAAAACCCAGAAGCCAAAAGGUGUUUUCUCCACUCUAAUGGCGGAUGGGGACUGGUUGCUCCUCAAGGGAGAGUGUGAGAAGGCUGUGGAGAGCUACACCACGGCUCUCACUCUGAAGCCCGAUGACAAGAACUGCUUUGUGGGUCGCUCCAAGUGUUACCUGAAGAUGGGUCAGUAUGACAAAGCCCUGAAGGACGCCGAGGCUUCACUGCAGGAAGACAAGGCCUUUUUUGAGGGUUUGUACCAGAAGGCUGAAGCCUUAUACUGCAUGGGAGAGUUUGAGUACGCUCUGGUCUUUUACCACCGAGGACUGAAGCUGCGUCCCCAAAUCCAAGAGUUCCACGUCGGUGUCCAGAAGGCCCAGGAGGCCAUAGAGAACUCAGUCAGUGUCCCUGUCCACGUCAUCAAACACAAGAUUAUUCAUGGAGACUCCUCAAAGAUCCAAAAAGAUGAAGAGAAUACAACAACAGCAAAGCAACCUCAGACCUCCAAGAUGAAAAAAGCAACAAAAAACUACCUGGGAGAGUUCUAUGAGGACAGGAAAUAUCUGGAAAAGCUGCUGAAAGAUGAAGACUUGGUGAAGGGGAGGACGAGGAGAGGAGAACAUCUGCAGGACGUCAUCCAGAGCUGCCUCACCUACCUGGACGACUGCGCUGAGUUCUGGAACCAGCAGAAGCCCAGACCUUCUCCAGCUAAAGACCAAAGGCCAAAGCGGGACAAGUCUCGUCUCCGCGUCUCCUCCUCGCAACCGACAGACUUCCUGCUGAAGAGCAUGGAGGACAUAAACGCAGAUCUGGCAUCGGGAAAGACCAGAAGGGGUCUUAAGAAGGCUCGGGAGGUCCUGCAGACGGUGCAGGGAUGGUCGGAGAAGGACGUGCCGGACAGAGACGAGCUUCUGGGAAGCCUGCACAGCUGCAUGGGGAAUGCUCUGAUGGACCUGGGGGAGACGGACAAAGCGCUGGAACACCACCAGAAAGACUUGGACCUGGCUGGAAAGUGCAACCUUCCUCAUGCAAGGUCCAGAGCUCUGGAAAACUUGGGCUCCGUCCACGCCGCCAUGGGGAACUUCACGCAGGCCAUCCAGUGCUGGGGGAAGAAGAUUCCGUUGGUUCAAGGCGAUGCGGAGAAGGCGUGGCUGUUCCACGAGAUCGGUCGCUGUCACCUGGAGCUGGAAGACCACGAGGAGGCCCGAGACUUUGGCCUGCGUUCGGCUGCUGCGGCGCAGGAAAGCGGCGAUGAAAAAUGGCAGAUCAACGCUCAUGUUUUGGUGGCACGAUCAGAAGGAAAACUUGGGAACUUUGAGUCGUGCAUGUCACACUACGAGCGAGCUCUGACGCACGCCAAGCUGCAAAAAAACGAGGACGCCGCAGUCGCCAUUCAAAAGGCUAUUGAUGGAACGAAGCAGCACCUGUCAAGAUGAGGAUAUCUUCUGAUUGAUAAUUAGACUGAUCGAUCUCUGAUGGUCAUGAUAUUUGUGAGUGAAGUUAUUAAUAGGGGAACAUUACAUACAAUUUACAACACCUUCCCAUAUUUUCUGUAGAAAUGUAUGGAUGAAAAUUUACAGAAUGU